AUGGACAACAAAUAUGCUACAAGAGAUCAACUACCUCCUUUCGGAGCUGGAAAGGCAUACCCUGCACCUCUGCAUGCUCCUGAGGACUACAUAGUUGAUUUUGAGAGUGACACCGAUCCACUUCGUUCACAAAACUGGCCUUUGAAAAGAAAACUUCUCGUAGCGGCUAUUCUUGGAUAUACCACUUACACUACAGGAUGGAGUAGCAGCAUAUUCUCUCCUGCAGUGAGUAUCGUGAGCAGCCAGUAUGGCGUUUCGUCUGAAGUGGGCACAUUAGGAGUGUCGCUUUUCAUAUUUGGGUUCGCAACAGGUCCUGUCCUUUGGGCACCGGCCUCCGAGCUGUACGGGCGGCGAGCUCCUAUCAUUAUUUCAAUGCUGGGGUACACGAUAUUUGAGUUCGCCGUUGCCACGGGGAAGGAUAUUCAAACAGUGCUCAUCUGUCGAUUCUGGUGCGGCUUCUUCGGCGCGUGUCCAGUCUCAGUUGUGCCGGCCGUGUUUGCAGAUCUCUUUUCCAAUACCACGCGUGGCCUUGCCAUGACCGCGUACUCUUUGAGUGUAUCAACGAGCCCCCUUCUCUCACCCGUUGUGGGUGGGUUUGUUGUGGCCAAUAAAUCCCUCGGAUGGCGCUGGACUCAAUACAUCACGGGCAUCAUGGCCGCCACAGCGCUUCUGCUCAACAUCUUCCUGUUAAGAGAGACAUAUUCGCCUAGAAUUCUGAAGAUUAAAGUCGUCAGUAUCAGAAUCCCCCACCACAACCGUAUCCUUAAACUCCGUAGUUCCGCCGAGAUGGCCCAGUUCGUUGGAUCCCGGUUCAAUCCCAAGUUAAGCGCCAAAGUCACGGCUCUAGCAAGGUUCAUGGCGUUCUCAAGAACGGACAAAAUAGGGAGAGCGUUGAGAAGAUCCAAACAGGCUAUUACGUGA